CGGUCUGAGACAAGCUGGUCUACAUAGACACCAUGAUCCGGGACACCGAGAUAUACCCCGCCUUUCAGGAAUUCCUGAGAUCGAGCAGCGACGCAGCCUUCAGGUUUUAUGGUUUACGGACGCCGGCAGAAGGACAGAUAGAGUCGUUUGCCCAGCGUGAGGUGUCCAGUGCAGCAUGCGGUGUCUACAACCAGGACUGUCUGCAGGAGGCCAGGGAUCUGUUCCUGGCAUGGAAGGACAACCCACAGGAUAACAAAAUCAACCCAGAGCUGUUAUUGACGGUCCUGUGCACGGGUAUAUCGGAGGGCGUGGCCGACGACUGGUACCACCUGUACGACAGCUACCAAGCGGAGACGUCGUUGUCCACCAAGAGCGACAUGCUGAGAGCGUUAGCUUGUUCUCAGGAAGCCUUCAUCAUUGAGAUGCUGCUGGAGCGAGCUAUAACGCCGAGUGAGAUCCCUAAACAAGAUGGCCCCGGUGUCAUUGCGACAGCUCCAGGGAUCAACGCCUUCGCCCAGCCGUUCGUGUGGGACUUCAUCAGGGAGAAAUACGACACCCUUCGAACUGACCACAGCGCCAGCGUCGGCACCUUCACGUCGAUGAUUAAAGCGGCUACUGGGUGCACGUUCAACACGCAGGCCAAGCUGACAUGAGCUGGAGGAAUUCGUCAGGGUGACGCCUAACCUCGGGCCGGGUGCCGCGGGAUUCGAGCAGGCGAUUACUCAGACCAAGUCCAACAUUGAAUGGAUGCGGGUGAACUAUCCAGUCGU